AUCAUUAAUAUUAUUCGGUCAUUGAUUAACAUAUAGAAAUAUGUGAAAUGUACUCUCAUAAAUACAACAGCUAUUUUUUACUACUUCAACGUAUUUUAAAUUACCUCUCAAACCAAGUGUACAACAAAAACUUUACGGGUUUUUGAUCGAUAUUUAGGGGUAUUUGAAGUUGGUGCUAGGGGGAACAUUUUGUAGGAGUUGUCAAACCUGGUUCAAUUUCAAAAUCUGUGUUCAAAACGUUAUUAUUUACUUCUACUUGAUACUUUUUUUAAUUAUCAAUAAACCUUUUUAAAAUAAUUGGUUAAAUUUUAAACAAUGGUUAGAUUUAAGAAUAGAUAUAUUACUAUUGAAAUAUCAUCACCGGAAAUACCUGAAAGGCAACCCCUAUAUUUAAAGCCAUCGGCUAUUUACGAAGCUAUUUUAGCGAAAAUACAACAACUCCAUGGAGAUUUUGGUGUAGCUGCAGUACGGACAGGAUUUUUAACAAAAUACUGUAAUGAGAAUACAAGAAUAGCAAUAAUUAGGUGUAGACAUGGUCCACACCAAUUUGUUACAAGUAGCCUUCCAUUUAUUACUAAACUAGGACAAUACGAAGUAACAUUACAAACUCACCAUGUAGGAGCAACUCUUAAACAUAGUUUUAUAUUUAUUCAGAGAUAUCAUAGAAAAUUUUUAGAUUCAAUGUGGUCAAAUCUGCAUAGCGAUGAAGAUAAAAAAGCCCUUGAAAUUGCUGUUACUGAGUUUACAAGAGCUGAUGUAUCUAUGAUUAAAGACAAUUUAAUGUAAUAUCUUUUAUUAAACAUUUUUUGUUAGUUUUAAUAUAAUAUGUUGGUCAUACAAAUAUAUGUAAAUGUUCCAUCAUA